UGACAUUUGGUGUCAGAAGUGGGAUAGGUAGUUCUCCAUGAAAGUAACUAUUAAUAAAAAGAAAAAUAUUGUGUUUUAUUUUAGAAAUUAUUCUUUUCAGGUUUUGUUUGUAAUCUAUGAACAAAGGAAGUGAUUGAAGUUGUGUUGUUUUACAGUCGGACCCUGAUGUCUAGAGUUCAGUCACUGUUCUGUGUGUAGUAAGUACAGGUACUAAUAAAGGUAGGAGGUUAGAAUUCUGCCAGGUUCAUUUAGUUUUGAAAAUUGGUUUUACACUUCACCUAGAUUUAAAUUGUAUUGAUAAGUGGUACAGGUAUAUACAUGUUAUAAAUACUUGUGGUUUCUGUGUGGCUGUACAAAUUUAUGAAACGGUAUUUUAUGCUAUAUUUUCAAUGAGCGAAACAUUAGCAAAGAGAUAUCUUAUUUCUUAUUGACGAUUAGUCAAUGUAUAUAUUGUAUAUAUGUUAUAGUGUUUUUAUAAUCAUGGAAUCUUUAAAAGCAAUAACAGAAUUAGGUCGACAGAUGGGGUAUGAUGGGGAGGAGCUUAGAGCAUUUGUGAAAGAUCAAAAAGACAGGCAGCGAGAGGAAAGAAAAGAGAAACGUGACAUCGUUCAAAGGGAACAACAGGUAGAGCGUGAAAGACAAGAGUAUGAAGUGAAGAUGGCUCAGAUUAAAUAUGAGACUGAUAAAGUAUCUCAAGAGGUAGACAUGAAGGUAAGAGAUAACAAUACAUUAAUUGAGCAAGAACAAAUUAAAAUGAAACUCCUACAAAUGGAACAUGAACAAAAACUAGAAUUAUUAGACAAACAACAGGAGGUAGGUGAGAGUAUGCAUCCUCCUUCUUUUGCUUCUAAAUUCUGUCUGACUAAAGGAUUGAAAAUGCCACCUUUUGAUGAAAAUCAUGAUGAAAUGGACUCGUAUCUGAAACGAUUUGAAAGGUAUACAAUAGCAGUAAAUUGGGAAAAGGAUAUUUGGGCUACAAAUUUAAGUGCAUUAUUAAAAGGUCGAGCUUUAGACGUAUAUGCCAGAAUGCCUGCUGAGAAUGCACUUGAUUAUGAAGAAUUGAAAGCUACAUUAUUGAGAAGGUUUGAGCAAACAGAAGAGGGUUUUAAGAAAAGAUUUCGUUCAUGUAGGCCUGAAAAGGGUGAGACAUAUUCACAGUUUGUUGUAAGACUAGAAAGUUAUAUAAAACGUUGGAUCGAAAUGGCAGAAAUAGAAAAGUCUUUCGAUAGUCUUCUUGACUUAAUGGUGAGAGAUCAGUUUUUGCAUAUUUGUAAUAAAGAACUGACCUUGUUUCUUUUAGAAAGAAUACCAAAUUCAUCAACACAAAUGGCAAAAUUAGCUGAUCAGUAUUGUGAAGCACGUUCUUUGCCUGCUUCUUCAUUCGUGUUUAGUCGUAAUGAACAUGUCAAAUAUACUAAACCAAUUGAACGUGGUAGAAGUGUUGAACGUAAGCUAGAUUCUCAUGUAGCACAAGGUAAGGACAAAAAUUUUCCUUCAAACAUAAGACGAUGUUAUCGUUGUGGUAAGACGGGUCACAUUGCCUCUGAUUGCAGAGUUAAUCUUUCCCAUAGAAAACCAAUUGCUUCACUUCAGGUAUCAGACAGACACAAAAGCAGUGUACAUUUCGAUGAUAAAGUCGAACAAAGUAAGUCAAGAUCAAGAUCACCUACACCAGAUUUUAAGAAUGUUAAGGUUUGUAAUGCUUUUAUGCCGUUUACUGAUAGUGUUUCUUACACUUCACCAGGAUCUAACACAACAUUAAGUUCAGCUUGUGAUGUAUCAACAUCGCUUAUUUCAAUGCCAACUUCACAUGGAAUCAUAGGUUAUGAAAUUGUGACAGUUUUAAGAGAUACUGGCUGUAGUGGUGUUGUCGUACGAAGGAGUUGCAUCCAGAAAAACCAAAUUACUGAUAGAAAACAGGUUUGUGUUUUAGCUGAUGGUACAAAGAUAGAGGUGCCGAUUGCAUGUAUAUAUAUAGACACAUCAUAUUUUUCAGGUGAAGUAGAAGCGUGGUGUAUGGAAAAUCCAAUUUAUGACUUGAUAAUUGGUAAUAUCUCAAGUGCUAGAAAUCCUGAAUCUCCAGACCCAAAUUGGAAACUUCAAGUAAGUGCUGUUCAGACAAGAAAGCAAUCACGUGAAAAGGGUAAUGUUGAGUAUCGUAAGAUGUUAGUUCCUGAUGUUGUAAAGGAUAGUGUGAGUCCUGAUGAUAUACAAAGAGAACAGCAAAUUGAUUCUUCUUUAGCUAAGAUAAAGCGGCUGAUUUCAGAAGGGAAACAAAAUGGUAACACAUACUUUUUCAUGAAAGGGUCAUUAAUAUUCAGAAAGUUUCAGUCACCAAGUGUGGAAAAGGGUAAGGUGUUUAAUCAAUUAGUUGUGCCUGAAAAGUUCCGUAAUACAGUUAUGAGGUUGGCGCAUGAAUCAGUAUUGUCUGGCCAUUUGGCGACAAGAAGAACUCUUGCAAAGGUUUUGUCUGAAUUUUACUGGCCUGGAGUGUCAUCUGAUGUGAAACGGUUUUGUCAGUCAUGCGAUAUCUGUCAGCGCACAGUAUCAAAAGGUAAAGUUGUCAGAGCUCCUCUUGGACAAAUGCCUUUAAUAGAUGUCCCAUUUAAACGGGUGGCAAUAGAUUUGGUUGGACCUUUACAACCACGUUCAGAUAAAGGUAACAGAUAUAUUUUAACCUUGAUUGACUACGCCACGAGAUAUGCAGAGGCUGCUGCAUUGCCGUCAAUUGAAACAGAGCGUGUUGCAGAAGCUUUGUUAGACAUGUUUUGCAGAAUAGGUGUACCAGAAGAGAUUCUUUCUGACAUGCGGACACAGUUUACAUCGGACAUGAUGAAAGAAGUAAGUAGACUUUUAUCUUUCAGGCAGUUGACAACAACACCAUAUCACCCAAUCUGUAAUGGAUUGUGUGAGAAAAUGAACGGGACAAUCAAGAUGAUGUUGAGAAGAUUAUGUGCUGAACGUCCGAAGGACUGGGAUAAGUACCUUAACCCCUUGUUGUUUGCAUAUCGGGAUUCUCCUCAGGAGAUUUUGGGUUUCACACCGUUUGAAUUAAUAUACGGUAGAUCAGUCCGUGGUCCUAUGACUAUUCUUAAAGAGUUAUGGACAAAAGAUAUUCCUGAUUCUGAGGUAAAGACUACAUAUCAGUACGUAUUAGAUCUUCAGCAAAGGUUAGAAGAAACAUGUAAAUUAGCACAGAAAAACUUGGCAGUUUCAUCUCAUAGGUACAGACAGAUAUAUAACAAAAGGUCAAGGGUGAAAAAUUUGAAGACUGGUGAAAAGGUAUUGGUGUUGUUACCAACAGAUAACAACAAAUUAUUGAUGCAAUGGAAAGGUCCGUAUACUAUUGUAGAGAAAGUAGGUACUUUAGAUUAUAAAGUGCAAGUUCAUGAUAAAGUAAACAUCUUCCAUGCAAAUAUGCUAAAGAAGUAUUAUGUUCGUUCUAGUGUCAGUGUUAAAGAUGUCGCUACUGUAAAUGUAGCAGUUGUAGAUGAAAACUGUGACUCAGAAAUCGAUCCUGAUGUAGAUUGAUAUUUUGAAAUAGAUACUCCAUCGUUGGUGCCUACUGAAUCAUUUAAAGAUUGUAAAAUAUCUCAUAACCUUAAUCCUGAGCAGGUAAAUGAGUUGAAUGAAAUUCUAAAAGAAUAUUCUGAUGUUUUGUCUGACAAACCAGGUUUUACAAAUCUAGCAAAGCAUGACAUCAAAUUGACCACUGAUGAACCAAUAAGAGCCAAAGCAUACCCAGUACCUUUUGCUACAAGGCAGACUGUCAUUGAAGAGGUGAAACGAAUGCUUCAGUUAGGAGUUAUAGAACCAUCUGAAAGUGAGUAUUGUAGCAAUGUUGUGAUUGUUAAAAAACGUGAUAACACAAAUAGGUUUUGUAUAGAUUUUCGUCCUCUAAACCGUGUUACUGUAUUUGAUUGCGAGCCGAUUCCGAACCCAGAAGAAAUCUUUGUUAAACUGUCAAAAUCUAAAUACAUUUCCAGACUUGACUUAACCAAAGGGUAUUGGCAAUUACCUCUCACAGAUUCUGCCAAGGCUUGUACAGCUUUCCGUACUCCAAUUGGAUUGUUUCAGUUUAGAACUUUGCCGUUCGGAUUAGUUUGUGCUAGUGCAAGUUUUAGUAGGUUAAUGCGCAAACUUCUAGAUGGAAUAUCAGAAGUAGAAAAUUUCAUUGAUGACAUUUUCCUGUACACUGAGACUUUUUCUCAUCAUUUACAAGUGUUGAAAGACUUGUUAGAGAGAUUAAGACAAGCUAAUUUGACGGUGAAACCAAGUAAGUGUUGUUUUGGUUAUCAAAGUACAGAAUGUCUUGGUCAUAUUAUUGGGAAAGGUUGUUUGGAACCGUUACCUGAUAAGCUUGAAGCUAUACGAGAUGCCAACAUACCAACUACAAAGAAACAGGUUCGAUCAUUUUUGGGUUUAGUUGGUUUUUAUAUGAGAUUUGUUCCUAACUUUGCUACAAUUGCUUCUCCGCUUACAGAUCUCACCAAAAAAGGGCAACCGAACAGAAUCAUAUGGGGAGAGUCACAACAAAAGGCGUUUGAGUCUUUGAAAAGGGCUCUAUGUUCAUUUCCAAUUUUAAAAUUGCCUGAUCUUGAUGCUAUGUUUAUUUUGCAGACAGACAGUAGUGAUAUUGGUAUAGGAGCAAUUUUGUUACAGGAAGAAGAUGGUAUUAAGAAACCAUUAGCCUAUGCCAGUAGGAAGCUUAAGAAAGCAGAACUUAAUUAUGCAACAAUUGAGAAAGAAUGUUUGGCCCUUGUCUGGGGUGUUUUAAAGUUUCAAAGGUAUCUCUAUGGUAAAGAGUUUCUGCUCGAAACUGAUCAUCGUCCGUUAGUUUAUUUGAGGAGUAGUAAAGUGACCAACACCAGAUUAAUGCGUUGGGCUUUACUGUUACAGCCAUACAGAUUCCGUAUUGUAGCUAUAAGGGGUAAAGAUAAUGUGGGUGCUGAUUGUUUGUCACGUCUUUAGAAUGUAUAUACGUAUUGUGUUAAGUAUUUUUGAUUUUGUGUUUUGAACAGUGUGAACACUGCUUAACAAGGGGGAUAUGUCACAAAAUCAAUUAUAUUUUAUCUAUUUUUAAAUAUAAUCUCUUAUAAACCUGUUUCUAGGAAUAGACAGUUAUAAUACUGACCAGUGUAAAUAGUUUUCUUCAUACCUGAGUGAACACUUACCUGUAUUAGUUAGC